UGUGGAGACAAGUUCUGAGCUGAGGAUGUUGCCUCCCACACACCGCUCGCUCGCUAGCUGGGGCUGAUUCAAUUCAAAACAGGAAGGGAGUUGGCGGUAACAAGAGUAUUGUGCAAAAGUGCGUUGGGGGAAGGACAGCUAACGACAUGUGGGGUGAGGACAAGAAACAUCUGAUGCAGUUUCCAGAGCCAGGGAAGGGUUCCCAAUGUCCAGCUGCCACAAGACUGAGAGGUGCCGGUGCAGGUUGGGUAUAGUUGUGGCAGCGCUGGUUGUGUAAACCUCCAAGCUUCAAGAUGUCCUUCAGCCCCGCUUUCAAGUUAGCGAGAUGCCAAGAUCUGUAAGUGAAACGAACUGAGGCCCGCAUGGAGGCUGAAAAGGAACGUGGACGAGCCUCACUCCUCACCCUCUGGAGCCUGCCCACCACUGCCCAGCUCACUAUCGAAUCAGUGCCGCCCAGUGCUGCCGAAGGGAAGGAUGUGCUUCUCCGGGUCCACAAUCUGCCUGGAUUUCUUGGAGGCUAUGUCUGGUUCAAAGGGCAAAGUGUGGACAGCGACCUUCAAAUUGCAUCAUAUGUAAUAGAUGCUCAAGAAAUACACCCAGGACCUGCAUACAGCCAACGAGCGACAAUAUACCCCAAUGGAUCCCUGCUGUUGAAGAAGGCCACCCUGAAGGACACAGGGAACUACACUCUACUAGCCAUAAAAGGAAAUUUUCAAGGUGAAAUAGUAACUGGACAGCUCCGUGUAUACCAGCCAGUGGGGAAGCCCGCCCUCCGAGCCAGCAGUGCCACAGUCGCAGAGCAGAAGGAUGCCGUGGUCCUGACCUGCCUCACAAAUGACACGGGGAUCUCCAUCCGGUGGCUCUUCAAGAACCAGAUUCUACCUCACACGGACAGGAUGAAGCUGUCCCGGGACAACAGCACCCUCACCAUCGACCCCGUCAGGAGGGAGGACGCUGGGGCUUAUCAGUGUGAGGUCUUCAAUCCCGUCAGUUCCAGGAAAAGUGACCCCUUCAGGCUGGAUGUGUAUUAUGGGUAAUCCUCCUCCCUUCCUCUAUGCUAUUAAGUUCUGAAUAAUUUUUUCUUUUCAAAAACUAUAUUUUUUAUUGAUUUCAAAGAGGAAAGGAGAGGGAGAGAAAUAGAAACAUCAAGGAUGAGAGAGAAUCACUGAUUGGCUGCCUCCUGCACACCCCACACUGGGGAUUGAGCCCCCAACUUGAGCAUGUGCCCUGACUGGGAAUGGAACUGUGACCUCCUGGUUCAUAGGUCAACACUUAACCAAUGAGCCACACCUGCCAGGCUGGAUAAAUUUUUUCUUAUCUGAAAAUGAUAGCUAUGAUGCACUUUCUAAAUAGGUUCCUUGUGAUUAGUCAGUGACAAAGGUGGAAAGUCCUUACAAGACUAGCAUUGAGUCAAUACAUGCUCAAAAUGUGAA